GGACAAAGCGCAAAGGCCAGUCGUGAUGACUAGAGGCAUUAGCGGAUAGCUAGAACUGUAUGAGGUCGCCAACAAACCAUAUCUGAGGAUUUUCAACACAGGAAGGAAUAAGUGACGUAACGGUAUCUGUCUAUACGUAUUGAGGAAAUCGGGAUUGUAGGAGAUAGAAACCGCUGUAUAGAUAUUAAAAGGAUGCUUCGUCGUCGGAAUACACAUUCACAGUUAUAUAUAAUGUAGCGGGGACCUCCUGAGUCAUGGUUCGCUUGAAUUCUCUCAGUGACAGAAGUCGAAGUCUGGAGCACCAGCUACCCAAACACACUAUUUUGGAGGAUGUGAUUUUCAAUUUACAUCGAAACUACCUAUAUGGAGUGAACGUUUACCCGUUACUACUUGUCUACCAUAAGUUAGACUUGAGUUCGGAUAUGAGGAAAUGUCUUGGGGAGUAAUAGACCGUCCUUGGAUCGCCGUCCAUACCAUCUCACCCCGGGGUACACUGCCACACGCAGGUACGCACUGUUAUUGUGGUUCACGGAACAAGGGUGAUUGGAACUGAUUGACAAGUACGUGGUUUCAGCUCUCCCAAUACGCAAUUUGUUAGUAUUCAUUCCCAAAUAAACUGCAACAAGCCUCUUUCUUGCAUGCAUGUAUAUAUGUAAUGUAUGUGUGUUAGUAUACAUAUCAGUGCGAACUAUACAGAUAAAUGGUUAUACGUAUGGAAUUGUUCCUGAAUUACUUUUGGAACUACCGACAAAGUUAUGGUGUUAUUUCUCCCUGGAGAUUGGAAAUAAGAAUUACGUAAUACCGAUUCCUGUGCAAUAACUGGCGGCGAGCAGUCCAGCAAUUCUCACCAAGGACGCGCGGUCAUUGCAUGUCAAACCAUGCAAGUUCAAGGAGUACUUGUAUUUGUAUACUUUUAUCUGCUGUGUCCAACCAAUAUCAUAGGUCUAUGGUGGGCGGUGGGAAGUCCCCUAGUGAUGGAUCCGAAUAGCAUAUGCCGAAAGAGCAGACGACUUGCGGGAAAACAGCGGGAGAUUUGUCGGAAUGAGAUUGAAAUUGUAGAGGAAGUGGCAAACGGCGCUAAAUUGGCUCUAGCUGAAUGUCAGUAUCAGUUCAGAAAUAGGAAGUGGAACUGCACAACCUCCCGGAGAACGCUGGCACGUGUACUGCGCCGGGACACGCGCGAGUCUGCGUUCGUGUACGCGGUGACAGCAGCCGGAGUGGUGUAUGCUGUGACGGAGGCAUGCAGCAUGGGCAAUCUACUGCAAUGCACGUGCGACAAUAACAUACAGGACAUCACGACGGAUGGGGAGUGGGAGUGGGGAGGGUGUGGGGAUAACGUCGAUUUCGGCUACAAAAAGUCUAAGGAAUUUAUGGACGCAAGGAAAAAGAAGAGACGAGGCGACAUAACGACAAUAAUACAACUUCAUAACAACGACGCCGGCCGUAUGGCUGUGAAAGGAGACAUGCGCUCGGAGUGUAAAUGCCACGGCCUGUCUGGAUCCUGCACGUUGAAAACAUGUUGGCUGAAGAUGCCGAUUUUUCGUCAGGUUGGGUUGGCCUUAAAAGAGAAGUUCGAUGGAGCAAUAAAGGUGAUAGGGACAAAUGAUGGAAAGGGUGUUCAGCCUGAGGAGGAUACCAUAAAACCACAGAAUUCUCUUGAUCUUAUAUAUUCAGAGAACUCGCCAAAUUUCUGUAAGCGGAACCGGAAACACGGUUCAUUGGGCACGCGCGGUAGGAUGUGUGACCCGUCUUCCAUGGGCGUAGGUGGGUGUGACCUGUUGUGCUGCCACAGAGGCUAUGAGAAGGAAACUGUACACGUAAGGGAAAACUGUAAAUGCAGAUUUAUUUGGUGUUGUGACGUUAUAUGUGAAACAUGCGAAAGUACGAAAGACAUCUACAGGUGUUUAUGAAAAGUUCUUAUACGUUUGCAAUAGACAAAACAAUGCCCCGACAGGUGCACAGUGCGAUAUUAAUUAUUAAUAUUUUGAAAGGACACCAUGGAGAACUUCUGAGUUUGUGAACAUAUGGACGUAUUGUAUAUGCCAUUGUACAAUCUAACACAUUUUUCAGUUUAAUCCAUGGCUUAAUUGCAUACAGCUGAAAGGUCAUAUCCUGGUUACAGAGACUGCUUAUGAUUUAGUGCUGGACACCAACAAGAUAUCCCCAAACUACCGCAUGCAAUGGCAACAAUUUUAAUAAUUGUAAUUUUAUCUUUAUAAAUAUUAGAACGGUACUCUGUGAUAAAAUUUGUUUAAUUAUAUGUAAAUAUGUUUUAACUCAAAUUUAGUUCUGUUCUUUUGGGAAAAGGAUUGGUUAUUCAGCAAAAUUGUCUUUAUAUUUACGAAAUCUAUCGGUUGGUAUGGCAACAUAAAUUAUAACAAAGUAACAUUUGUAAAUAAAUUCUGUCGAUCUAAAGCAUGCGACACGAUAAAUUUAAAGUCAUAGGAAUAUACCGCAGUAGUUGAUUGUUUUACCCGUUUUCAUAUCCGUAUCCAAUGGGUUCCUUAAUUACAUUGAUCCAAUCUGAUAAAAAGAAGAAUUUAAAUGUAGUUGAUGUCAGGGUUUUAAAAGAAAUACUAGUGAUUAGAUGUGUGGGAAGAACAUAUCAAAGUAAAUAUGUUUAGUACCGCCUGAAUCGUCACUAGAGAGUUAAAGAAAUUGUUAAUUUAACAGAUAGAUUACAAAGCAGCCUGGGCAUUUUUUCUUGAAGAAAAAGUGUAAAAAAUCAUGUUAAUAUCAGAGGCGUAGACAGUGGUAAUUGCAUGUUACACUGAACACGAUUGUUUUACGUCAUUAUAAAUUGAUGACGUCAUGAUUGUGUCAUAUUAAUUACGUCAUUGCUACCAUAUCAACCGUGCCUUAUUAGGAGUAGCUAUAAAUUGUAUAUUUUAGAAAUGCAAUUGAAUAUAUAACAUAGAUUUGAAUAUUUUUGGCAUAAUUUAUUCUGUUUGAUGUUUUAAUAUAAUACUAUAUAACAUGAUGUAUGGCUGACAACAAUGCGCAUGCAUCGUAUCAACUCUUCAUCUUGUGUAUAACAUAGAUUAUUAGCUUGACUUGUGAUGCGUCUAACGCAUAUUAUUGAAAAUGAAGCAAUAUUGUUCAUAUUCAUCUAAAUAUGGAAGUGAAGAAGGCCAAUGCUUGUCAAGGUCGCAUGUACGGCAAAUCCUAUUAUUAAUUAGAAUAAUUACUAUAUUUAAGUAGAUAUACAAACCCGGGUCCAGAUUUAACCAGCUUCACUCGGUGACGGACGAUUGAUAGAACUUAAAACUUGAAUUACUUUAUAGAUAAAUUUGAAUAAAAUUUUACCAUUUAAAAAAAAAAAUACAUUUUCGUGGUUUGAUGCAGGAUUCUAUAAUUUUGAUAAUAGUUUCAUCCUUGUAACUGAUAUCGAUCUGUUUAUUUUGCAACAAGCAAGGUAACAGCAAAAUGAGGACUGUCAAUGAAUUUUUGUAACGAUAUUUGCAUUAUAACACACCUAUGUAAACUAAACUGUGCUUUCUAGAUGUGGCCAUGCUUCGUGAACAAAAGUUAUCUUACCGCAUCAUCGGACGUAUGAUUUCGUCAGGCAGGAAAAGAUGCGUUUGAAGUUUCUGUCAACAAAUGCGCCAGACUUAGGGCGCACUUUGAAAUAAAGUUGUGUCAGUACAAACUUAUAUUUGUAUAAUGACUGAAAUGAAAUGAAUUUAAAUGUGAAGAUUCCAUCUACAUGGAACUUCAGUGAUGGAACUUUUCAGUAUUUGCAUUCUUUCUUUGUAUACGUAAUAAGUAAUGGUUUUCAGCCAUACUUUGUGGUAAUAUCGGUACGCUGCCUUGCUCGUGAAGCAUAGAGAUGAUAUUAAUCUGGAAAGGGUUAGAUAUCCUCCAUACACUUUAUCAUUAGGAAGCACAAAACAUAAUGUUUUACUUCAAUUUAAAAAAAAAAAAAAAAAAUCCUAUAUCUAUGUGGAUUUAUAAUGUAUGGUUCAAUAAACAAGUGAAGCUCGUUAGAGUCCUAAAUAUGUAAAAAAAAAAUAGUAUAUCAUUUAACAUUGAAACAUAGAAAACUUAUCAAUAUAUGUCAUAUGUAUUGAUAAAAUAAAAUGUAUUUCGACCGUGUUACAACUAUUUUGAAAUAUGAAAGCAUGCUAAGUUUACGACCAGCACUGUUUAAACAGUGUACGAAGCUAACCGACCUCCAGCAUUGGCCUUUAAUCAUUGUACUAUCUAAUCGUUAGUGUCCCGUGCCAUGUGCCACGCCUAUCAUUUAUAUACGAUAGUUCUUCAUAGCAGAGCUAGCGCUUCUCUUCUGUCGAAAAAUCGCCAUGUCGUGUAUGUUUUAUGAAGAUUAAUAAAAUUAUUCCUAUUUUGAACAUUUUAGUAGAAACUCCAUGACAUUAAAUGUCUACUGGU